CCCCCCAAAUAAAGACAAUGAUGUAUUAGUACUUAUAUGUAAACAAUGUAUACGUUUAGGUACUAAACACGUGAAGAGUUAUAUAGCCAAAAGUUCAAGAUUAAAAUUUGAAAGAAGGUAAAUGAAGAAUUUGCAGCUGCUCGUUUUAGAAUGAUGGAACGGAUUCGUAACCCUGACGGGAGAUAAGCCCAUGUAUGGUUACGUUAUAGUAUAGAUCUUUGGCAUCAUUUGCUGUUUUAUAAGUUGCUGUGAGAAAUAUUCUAUGAAGUACAGCAACCAACAUUACAGUGGAGAGUGGCAUAAUUUCAUAACAGCAGAUUAAGCAUAUUUACACCUAGCACCGUUUGAAUGUAAACAAUCACACACGUGGAUUGUGAAAGAUCAAAAAUGCCAAAAGAAAAGACAGUUAAGAAAUCUAGACAGCACCAGGCUGUCCAAAAGCAAGGAAUUAAUUUCAACAAAGACUUCGGGCAGCAUAUUCUAAAGAAUCCAUUAAUUGUCACAAGCAUGGUUGAAAAGGCAGCAUUAAGACCAACCGAUGUAGUGUUAGAAGUUGGUCCUGGUACUGGUAAUAUGACUGUUAAAUUGUUAGAAAAGACAAAAAAGGUGAUAGCAUGUGAAAUAGAUCCAAGACUUGCUGCAGAGUUACAAAAAAGAGUUCAGAGCACUCCCAGUCAGAACAAACUACAACUAAUGAUUGGAGAUGUUUUGAAGACAGAGCUACCAUUUUUUGACGUAUGUGUAGCUAACUUGCCAUACCAAAUCUCAUCACCUUUUGUAUUCAAACUCCUCCUACACAGACCAUUCUUCAGAUGUGCUGUGUUGAUGUUCCAGAGGGAGUUUGCCCAAAGACUUGUUGCGCAACCAGGAGACAAACUAUACUGUAGGCUGUCUGUAAAUACACAGCUGUUAGCUAGAGUUGAUCAUUUAAUGAAGGUAGGAAAAAAUAACUUCAGACCUCCACCAAAAGUAGAAUCUAGUGUAGUCAGAAUUGAACCAAGGAAUCCGCCACCUCCUAUUAAUUUCCAGGAAUGGGAUGGUCUAGUCAGAAUUUGUUUUUCUAGGAAAAAUAAAACUCUUGGUGCAGCUUUCAAAUUUACAAAGAUUCUAGAAUUGUUAGAGAAAAAUUACAAAACAAGAUGCUCUCUGAAAUCAGUUCCUAUUCCUCCAGACUUUGAUGUGAAAACAAAAGUAACAGAAUUAUUACAGAAAAAUGAAUAUGAUAAAAAGAGAGCCAGGACAAUGGAUAUUGAUGACUUUCUAGGGUUAUUGAAUUGUUUUAACACAGAAGGAUUUCAUUUUACAUGAUGAAAAAAAAACCACAAGCAACAGCAACAUAUCUGUGAUACUGCAUCUACCUUCAGAUGAAUGAAGACACCGAGGAAAGCAUCAGAAAUAUCAUUUUCCAAUGUUGUUCUGUGAACAUUGAUGGACAAACAAUAAAAUAUUUGACAAGUUAAGAUAUCAAACUAAAUGUGUAGUGUAAAAUGAAUUUGAAUAAUGUUAUGCUAACAUUAGUUAUGUAUGCAAGUUCAUAUUUGAAG